AUGAAACUACUAAGAGACGGUUUGUUCAGAAGUCGACCCAAGAAAGAUCGUGUUCAAUCGCCUGCUUCCAACGAUGCCACCAACGCAAGGUCAACAUCUCCGGAUACGGCUGCGGGAACGAAACUUUCCACGUCUCCCGCUGUCGAACCCGAAAUCGUCACACCUCUUCCGACCAAAGAACGUACCAUUGAGCCCUCUUUGCAAAAAAUUCACGUACCCGACGCUGGACUGGCUCAGAAACUUUCGAGUGCAAGCAAGGCUGACGCACCCGGAAGUCGAGGAAGUCGCAAUCUUUGGGCUGAGGCUCUGUCGAAGCUAAAGAACGACGAACCUGAUAUUCACCAUGAGUUCCAGGCAAUACUUGAAGCCGAAGCAGCCGGACUUUCGACAGCUCCUGACAAAGUCAAUGAAGAUUCCUUGCGGAGCUUGAUUGAUGAAAAGUUGGCAACCAUCAAGCAGAAAGAAUGGAUACUCAGUUUCGGGUCGAAGUCUGUUCACGUCCGGACCGUUAUCGAACGCUGUCUUGGCUUCAUCACAGGUUCCAAAGAUCUGUUGACACAGGCAGGCGCGCUGGAUCCAGUGCAUGCUGGACUGCCAGUAGCGGCUCUUUGCCUGAUUGUCUCGGAGAAGCUCAUAAAUCGAGAUAAAGAACAAAACAAGGACCUGGCGGAGGCCUUGGAGACUACAGCCAGCAUUGUUCAACGAUAUGUCGCAACAGAGCAGGUCUACAUCUCCCACAUCGAGGAUCCAAACGCGCAGUUUGUCGAUUCAAUAACCUCCCUGUACACCAAGAUCCUGCUGUUGGAAGCCAAGCUGAUCAUACAUCUGAGUGCAAACACCGGGUCGAGGGCUCUAAAGAAUGUAAUGGGUCGUACGGAUUGGGGUGCUGAUGUCAAAAGUGUGCUGCAAGCAGACGAGGCGUGCGAGAAGCUGCGUGGAAUUGCCGUUUCCGCCAUUGCCACACAACGUCACCACCAGCUGCAAGAACUAUUAAAGAGCCUCAACAGCCAGAAUCUUGAUUUUUGGCGAGACUAUCGCCACGAACAGCAACAAUACUACCGCUCAGAUCGAGCCAGGGCUUGCAUGACACUGUUGAGGGCAAUUACCUACGAGGAUUACAAGGAUAGGAAUCCCGAGCCAAGUGACGGAACAUGUCGAUGGUUCAAGACCGAUACAAGAUUCCGAAAUUGGCUCAAAGAGCCUGGCUACUCUUGUCUCUGGGUGACUGCAGAUCCGGGAUGUGGGAAGUCAGUCCUGUCAAAGCAUCUCGUCGAUUGCUAUCUCGGGCAACAGUUUGGAUCCGAUACAACGAUCUGUUACUAUUUCUUCAAGAACGAAGGGACUGCAUCAUGCGGCACGAAUGCCAUCUGCUCGCUCUUACACCAGAUCUUUUCCAAUGAGCCGACAAAAGUGCUUAUGCACCACAUCGAAUCAGACUAUCAGAACAAUGGCGAUAAGCUUGCGGGCCUUUUCGAUCGUUUAUGGUCCGUCUUUCAAGCAGUUGUUAAGGACAAUUGUGCUGGAAGGAUCGUUUGUGUACUUGACGCUUUUGAUGAAUGUGCUCCGGACGAUCAACGCAGGCUAUGGAAGAAGUUCAAAAGCCUCGCUGAGAAAGACCGGUCUCUUGGAUCCCUGAAACUGCUGAUCACGAGUCGCCCACAUAUCGCAGACGCCAUUGAGCCUGAGUUGCACGAAUCCGUAAAGUUUUUACGCCUAACUGGAGAGGCUGGCGAGGUCUCGGGUGGAAUAUCUCGGGAAAUCGAGAAUGUCAUUGACCAGCGUCUGGAAGAUUUCCGGCUAAAAAGACAAGAAAGAGGCUUCAAAGACUCUGCCCAUCUCCAGAUUCGUAAGAGCAUCUUGAGACAAGGGAAGAAUCGGACGUACUUAUGGGUUUCAUUCAUCUUCCAAGACCUUUUCGACCACGUGGGAUCUCCCUUUCCCGAUCUGCAGGCAAUCUUCGAGCAACUGCCAUCGACGGUGGAAGAGCAAUACGAAAAGAUCUUGAGCACAAGUAAAGAUCGGAAUCUUGCGUUGAAGCUGUUAAAACUUGUCAUAGGCGCGCCGAAGCCCAUGGAUCCUCAACACCUCUACGUCAGACUACUCUCUACGGACACUGUCAGCAACAUCGAUCACCUAGAGCCGCCUGAUACCAAACCUCUGCACGAAUAUCUACGUAGGUUGUGUGGAUGUUUCAUCUCUAUCACCCUUCACGAGGACCAACAACUUAGUGGGGAUGGUAGCUCUAAGUACAAGGACCGUCACGAUCCCGAGCAGUACACGGUGCACUUGAUCCAUGAAAGCGCAAGGGAGUUCCUCGUUGAGCGUCACGGCGAUCCAGCUGGGGAAGGCCUGUCUCUCAAGUGGCAAUGGAAGGGUGUCAUUUCAGGUCAGGAUGCUUACCACAAAUGGAUAGAAUCUUGCUUGUGCUUCAUCAUCGUGGCCCAUCAGGUCCACAUGGCCAACGCGGAUGGUGCGGCAAGCGGGAAGACAAAUUACGAUGUGCUGUCCAAAACCCCCGAAGACACUAUGAUUGUACCAGCAAGGCACCGUCGUAAACUUAUUGCAUUCAGGCAGAAGGUUCCCGAUUGUAGCUUGCCUACCUGGGUAUUGAUGCACCUGAGAAUUUCCCUCCUGGAUUUGGACCAUGUCUGCCUCAAAGUGGCAAAAGGUGAUGUUUCGUCCCCUGAUGCAUGUACAUCGCCUCCACUGGUCCAUCUACUUCGGCGGAUUUGUUGUGAGAUUCCCUGGAAGUGGUUUUCAACCUUCUUGUACGGGGGGUUCCACUACUUCCGUCAGUUUGACUGCGACUGGACCUCCACUCAUAAAGCAUUAUUUCUGGCGAUAUUCUUCGACCUUGCAGGCGUGGUAGAUUCAAUCCUGGAGCAGGAGCCGCACCUUGUCAAUGUUAUCGACCCCGUCCGGAGCCUUACACCCUUCACCUAUUCUCUUUUGUGCAAAAGCGACAAAUGCAUUGCAGAUUUCUGUGAGAGAAGCGACGUGUCUGUGGCAACUACUGACCACUAUGGCGGAACUGCUUUGCAUAGAGCCUGUCGAUCCGGGUCGCCCUCAGCUGUGAGGUACGUUCUGUCCAAAAAGGAGGUCAAUGUCAACGCUCGGGAUGAGGGGGCCAAGACUGCGCUCAUUUCGGCGUGCGAAGCGCCUUGGUCCGAGCGCAGCACCGAGGUCGUACGCGAGCUGCUCAAGUUACCCUCUCUGGACGUGAACCUUCAGGACUCCAAUGGUCGAACUGCGCUGGUGAUGGCGGCCUUGACAAACUCCAAGAUGAUGCGGGAGUUGCUCAAGUCGUCCUCUCUGGACGUAAACCUUCAGGACUCCUAUGGUCUAACUGCGCUGAUGAUAGCGGCCUCGAGGCCAAACGCCGAGGUAGUGUGUGAGUUGCUAACGUUACACUCUCUGGACGUUAACCUUCAGAGUUCCUGGGGCGAAACUGCGCUGAUGAAGGCGUGCAGCGGCUAUGAAGGUAACACAGAGGUCGUGCGGGAGCUACUCAAGUCGCCCUCUCUGGACGUAAACCUUCAGGAUUGCCGGGGCGAAAGUGCGCUGAUGAAGGCGUGCAGCGGCUAUGAAGGUAACACAGAGGUCGUGCGGGAGCUACUCAAGUUGCCUUCACUGGACGUCAAUGUCCGCAACGGUGGAGGCAGAACGGCGCUCCAUCUUGCUGCACUUGGACCUAGCUUCUUGGACAUCCUGGUGCUGCUGGUCGAUGACUCCAGAGUCGACGUCAACGCUCAAGACGAGACUGGCAUGACGGCUUUGAUGCUGGCCACGAGACUCAUUUCCCCAGUCCGGAUAACUGUCUUACUGCAAUGCAGGCAAUUAGAUGUGAACAUUCGGACUGGAGAGGGGGACACCGCUCUGCUGAUGUGCCUCAAGACGGCUGCGGACUCUCUUGAUCGGGAAAAAUCGCCUUACCAGUGGGUAAAAUGGCUAGAAUCCUUUCUGCAAUGCGUGCAGUUGCUGCUCGCCGCCCCAGAAACCGACAUCAACAUUCGGAAUGUUGAUGGAGAACAUGCUGUCUUCCUGGCUGCAAUGAUUCCACUUCCUCCACUACAUCAACUACUCGAGAGGUACGGUCUUGACCUGUCCGAACCUAUGCAACUCCAAACCCUCAGACCGCCACAAGCCGACAUGGACGUUCUCAAGGCGGCUCAGGAUUGGCUAUUCAACAUCCGACCUGCCGUCAAUCUCCAGUGA